CUUACAUAUAUUGUGUUUAACAGGAAAGGCCAAGCAAGUUUUCGUCGGGUUAUGGUUCUCCAAUUAGGGAGGAGCCUCCACCAUACACAUCACCUGCCAUGCAAAGGUACGAGUCAUUUGAGAACCCGUUAGCUGGUGGAUUGCAGAGUUUUGGGUCUCAAGAUGAUGGGCGAUUAUCAUCUGGGAAUCAGCAGUUUGGGACAGCACUUUAUGACUUCACUGCUGGUGGAGAUGAUGAGUUAAAUUUGACGGCAGGAGAAGAGGUCGAAAUUGAGUAUGAAGUUGAUGGAUGGUUUUAUGUGAAGAAGAAACGCCCUGGAAGGGAUGGCAAAAUGGCUGGGCUAGUACCUGUCCUCUAUGUCAAUCAAUCUUGAAGUGUCAUGCCAUGAUACACCAAACGUUCAUCUUUUUGGUCUGUUUUCUGAGCCAUUUAUUGCCUGAAAAUUUUGUGGGAGCUUUCUUAUAUUCUUUUUGUGUCAUCAUUAUUGAAGAUAUUGCUUGCUAGGAGAUACGGUCUGCUGGAGCUCUGUGCCUAGAGUUUUUUGUUCGUUAUGUUUCUCAUUCUUAAUAUUCAAGCUGCGGAGAUCAUGUAGGAGAUCAGCGUGUCAAUAUUCUGUUGUUUGUAUCAUUUUUACCAUGUAAAUGUUAUAAUUAAUAUUUAUAGAAGUUUAGAUGUAGUGACUGUAACAGGAGUGAAUCAGUAUAGUAAUAUUAUCUAAUUAUUGAC